AUGUUCACUCACCACUCAAUAUUUUUCAUUGCAGUUUUUGGAGUCUUCUUUCUUCACUCGGUAAUUGCUAUUGAACCAUCUGAUUAAGAACCAGUAAAGCUUUACUACUUUCCAAUGACUCCUCAGAGAGAGCAGGGUUUAAAUAUCUCAAUCGAUCUAAAUUUAAUAGACACUAGCAAAUUUAACUACUCUUCAACAACUGGACUAAAACUAGAAUUUCACUUUCACAAUAAAACAUUCAUUAUUGACACAGAUUCAACUUUUAAGUUUUCGAAGAAUGAUGCCUUCAACAUUUCAACUCAAAACCGCACAGUUAAUGAUGAAACUUACCUAGAUAUCUUAAUGAUGAGAAAUGACAAUACUUUGAAUGAUACUUUCUUGAAUAUAUAAGUUUAUGACAUCAAGCGUAACCCAAAAGACAAUUUCCAAGAGAUCUACUUAUACUCAGUCUAUGAUCUAUCAAAUGAAUACGAAACUUUACUGUUCACUAGCUAUGGUUAUAUUACUUACUAGUUUCCAUUAAACAAAAUCAACGAAGUUGAAAUAUUCUACUAAGAAGACAAGCAGUUUAUAAAGUAUCUUUGGUUCAACAUGAGCCUUGAGAAUCAAUACUAAAAUCCUUAGAAUUUGGGCAAUAAAAGCUACUCAAUGUUUGUGAAAUUGCAGUAAUAGCUCAAUUAUACUCAGCCUAUCAGAACUAUUCCACUUCAAAACAUCAGCAUUAUGAUAUCGAAUGAGAACACUACCUACUAUGAAUUUAUGAAGAUGAAGCUCUCAAACGAAACUUACGAGAUUCACGACUAAACAAUCCUUGAAAUCUCCAAUGUCCAGAGAAUGCCUCUAAAUAAGUUCAUUCCCAUCAAAAUAACUUUUGAAGAACCCUAUGUGAAUUAAAUUGACUCAAUUUAUGUGGAGAUGGCAGAAAGUUCUUCAGAAAUAAUACUUGAGGGAGCAAACUAUCAAGUUUAAAGAUAGAAAGAUAUUAACACUGAAGGUAUUCCAAAGCAUCCUGACUAUCAGGUUGAAACCACUGUCAAUGUGGGAUUAAUAUGGCUUUUGGCUAUAGUUACCUCUCAUACAAUUGAAGGUCUAUUUCUUGCCAUAUUCUGUCUGAGACAUAAAAUCCUUCACAAACUUUAAGUGUUAAGAUUCUUUAUCUUUUCAAGAUACCUCCAAAAUGUUUAAACUCCACCCUCUAAGCUUUAAGUAAGGAUGACUGAUAAAAGCGAUUUAUCAGUCUCAAAUCAAGAUUAAACUUAAUAAAACCAAGCUAAGUCUUCUAAAAAACUAUCCUUUGCUAAUAUUUAGCUUUAAAACACUCCUCAAUUUAGAUUAGAUCCAAAUCAGUCUUUUAAUAAUAAUGAGAUGAGCUUUGCCAGUUCUGGGAAAACAUCUCUUGUUGAGCCAGCAUAGAAUUCUAAAUCUCGAAUUUCUUCAAAGAAAGAAAGCAGAAUAUCAAUAAAGAAUAUAGUUAAGAGAUUCUCAAAAUUUGUACAGGAGAAGAUUUAAAUUGAGGAUGACAAGAAGGAGUAUGAUUAGUAUCAGGAUAGUGAGAGAAUGAACUACAACUAAAUAAUUGACAGCAGAAGAUCAGAAACUUCAUAAAUUAAUGCUUAAGAGAACAACGAUUAUCCAGGUCCUCCAGAAUCAGAUAGCAUUGAUAACACUAUGAAUGGAGACUAAUUCAAUUCCUUUGAUGUUUGUAUUGUUGAUAAGACUUAAAACAAUACUAAUCAAAAGUCCUCUUUGGUUUAUGCAAUAUAAGAGUGUGAUGAUGAAGAUGACUUUGAGAAUAGAUCAAAGGGAAGUAUCAGUAAGAAGUACUCUUAAGGAUCAGAUAACAGCAAGCUAUCAAUGAAAUAGAGCAUUGUAUCAAAGGCAUAAAAUGUAGCUGAAAGUACUAAGUCCGAGACUGCUAAGCGCAUUAAGUUUUCAAUUAAUCAAGCCAAAACCAGUGUGAAGAAUGAAAUAUUUAAGAUUGACGACGAGGAACCAGAUGAAUAAAAUUUAAAUAGGGAAUCAGAAUUUAGAUAAAAAGAUUUCACACUUAAUCCUGAAGAUUUAAACUUAUAGAUAGAUGAGAAAUAAGAUUGA